AUGAAACUUUGGACAUCACCCUGGGUGUCUUGCCUGGUUAUUCUAAUCUUGUGUUUUGGAUCAGAGUGCGGGACAGUCCGGAGAAAGGGGAGAUCCAAGAGGGAGUUGGUGCGCAUUAGGGAGGCGAAAGCCACCAUCCCAGGGGCUUGUGCCACACGUCUGCCCCGGGGCAAACGCUCUUUGCCCGGCUUGGAGCGGCGGGUGCUCCGCCAGCGCCGGCGCUCCUCUCAUGCGGAGGAAAACUCUCCAGACCGGGGGAAAGCUGUCUAUUUUACCGGCAGGGGAGACCAGCUCCGGCUGAAGCCCGGCGUGGAGAUACCCAGGGGGAAUUUCACUCUAGAGAUGUGGAUCAAACCGGAGGGAGGUCAACGAUCGCCCACAGUGAUUGCAGGUCUGUAUGACAAAUGCUUCUAUGCCUCCAGCGAUCGAGGCUGGCUGCUUGGCAUCCAGGCGGUGAGUGAACAUGGGAACCGUGAACCCCGCUUCUUCUUCUCCCUUAAAACUGACCGUGCCCACAAAGUGACCUCCAUCCACUCCAAUGCUCAUUACGUACCCAACCAAUGGGCACAUGUGGCGAUCACAUACGACGGCAUCUACAUGAAGCUUUUCGUCAACGGCGCUCAAGUUGGCGUUAGUCGGGAGCAAUCGGGCGACGUCUUCAGCCAUUUGACCAAAAAGUGCAAAGUGCUGAUGAUCGGAGGAAAUGCACUGAAUCAUAAUUACAGAGGGGCAGUGGAAAGGGUGGGUCUUUGGAGGGAGGCCCGAGGGCAGCGGCAUAUUAUCAGGGAUAUGCAAGGCCACGAAGACCCGCAAGAUCUACCUCAACUGGUCAUCCGUGAAACAUUCGAGCACCCGGGCCGUAAGUGGUUGACUGUAAAAGACGGUAGCUUUCCCCAGCCUGACCAAGGAGGAGGCGGGCGACUGGGAUUUCUCGGAGGUGAUGGAGGACUGAGAAAUGCCGAGGGAUUACUGGACACAACCCUGGAGCCUCCAGCGUGUGGUCAAACUGUCUGCGACAACGUUGAGGUCAUUAAAAACUACAACCAGCUUUGGACCUUCCGGCGGCCCAAGAAAGUUCAAUAUCGCGUCAUAAAUAUUUGGAAUGAUGCAAGGACAAGGCCAACUGUGUCAGACCACCAGAUCAGCCUGCAGCACCAGCAGCUCAAUGAUGCCUUCAGCCCCUACAACAUCACCUGGGAGCUCAGCAUUCACAAUGUGACCAACUCGUCCCUACGCAACCGUUUGAUUCUUGCUAACUGCGACAUCAGCAAAGUUGGUGAUGAAGUCUGUGACCCAGAGUGCAACCAUCCACUGACUGGCUAUGACGCAGGUGACUGUAUGUCAGGGUAUCGAAGCAACUGCCCCGAACAUAAACAGGGCAAUGGUGUGUGUGAUCCCGAGUGUAACUGGGAAAAUUUCUCCUACGAUCUCGGCGACUGUUGUAACCCCAACGUGACGGAUGUUACCAAGACGUGCUUCAACCGCUCCUCUUCACACAGAGCAUAUUUGGAUGUGAAAGAGCUGAAAGAGAUUCUGCAUUUGGAUGGCUCGACUCACCUGAAUGUCUUCUUUGCCAAUUCUUCUGAUGAAGAUCUGGCAGGGGUUGCCACUUGGCCCUGGGACAAAGAGGCCCUCACACAUUUGGGUGGAAUUGUGCUGAAUCCUUCCUUCUACGGUACAUUUGGCCACACCGACACAAUGGUGCAUGAGAUUGGUCAUAGCCUCGGCCUUUACCAUGUGUUUCGAGGCAUAUCGGAGAUUGAAUCGUGUAAUGAUGCGUGUUUGGAAACUGAGCCCUCAAUGGAGACGGGCGAUCUCUGCGCGGACACAAACCCCACUCCCAAGUACAAAGGCUGCACCGAUCCUGAACCGGGCAACGAGACCUGUGGCUGUCGGCAUUUCACGCACACGCCGUUUAACAACUACAUGAGUUAUGCAGAUGAUUCUUGCACAGACUCUUUCACACUGAACCAGGUGGCGAGGAUGCACUGCUACCUGGACCUCGUCUACCAGACCUGGCAGCCUGUCUCCAAACCACCUCCAGUACCAAUGGCGCCCCAAGUGGUUGAGCAGCAUCAUAAUUCCAUCACCCUGGAAUGGUUUCCCCCAAUAUCCGGACAGUUUUACGACAGAGAAGUGGGAUCAGUGUGUGAUAAAUGCACAGAGGGGAGAGUUCUCCUGCAGUACGCCUCCAAUUCAUCUUCUCCACGGCCGUGCAACCCGUCUGGACACUGGUCCCCACGAGAGGCUGAAGGCCCUCCAGAUGUGGAGCAGGCCUGCGAGCCAAGCGUCCGCACCUGGAGCCCCAACGCGGGGGUCGAGCAGGGCGCCGUCGGGAUGCCGGAGUGCCCUCUUCAGGGCUGCAUGCUUCAGCUGGAGUUCGCCCACCCGCUGGUCCCGGACUCCCUGACCGUGUGGGUCACCUUCUUCAGUCCCGAGGAGACGGCGCUACCUGCCAUCCACAACAUUUUGCUCCUGACUGUCAACGGGAACAACAUUUCACUGGGCCCGAGUAAUGUUUUCUGUGACACCCCACUGACUCUGAAGCUGGACAUAGAGGAAGAGGUGUACGGGGUCCAGUUUUACACUAUGGAGCAACACCUGGAGAUUGACGCCACUCUCUUGGCGUCCAAGCCAGACUGCGCCCUUUGUAGGCAUUGCCAGCCGCUGCGCUACCGCUUGCUGCGCCAGCCCGCCUUCACCCACGCACCACAUGGUCUGAUGCUGAACGAACCCACCCGCCGAUACACAGACAGGGAUGUGGUGCCACAUGUCGCUUACACCUACCAGGUCCAAACGAUCUCCAGACAGGGUGAGAGCGAACCCUCUCCGAUGCUGGUGCACGAAGUUGGGGCGCCUUACUGUGGAGACGGACGCAUUCAGAGCUCCAAAGGAGAGGAAUGUGAUGAUAUGAACUCCAUAAACGGGGACGGUUGCUCCAGUCAGUGCAAGAAAGAGGCUUUCUUCAACUGUGUCGAGGAGCCCAGCAUGUGCUACUACUAUGACGGUGACGGUGUGUGUGAGGACUUUGAGCGGGAGACGGGCGUGAGAGACUGCGGUCUUUACACCCCGAGUGGUUUCCUGGACCAGUGGGCUUCCAGCGUGGAUGUGUCUCAUGAAGAAAAGCCCUACUGCUCGGGCGAAGUGGCUGCCGGAUAUCCUGCUGUCACUAAGACAUGUCAGUCCAAGGUGUUUGAUCUCUCUGAUGGAGUGUCCCAGUAUGCAUGGUUCCCCUGUCGUGAGGCCCGGCAGACAUCCUGGGUCUAUUCUACAUUUUGGCUGAAGGCCUACUUUUCUCACCCAAUGGUGGCAGCAGCAGUGAUUAUACACCUGGCUGCAGAUGGGACCAACUACAUUGACCAGACUCAGUGUAACAUCACGGUUCAGCUGGUGGACACCAAAGAGGGCAUCCACAGUCUGGGUGAAUGGCGACUGAGCUGCCGCACUAACCCUCUGGUAAUCCCGGUGAGCCACGACUUGUCGGUGGCCUUCUACCACACCAAGGCCAUCCUCGUCAUGUUUGCCUCUGAUUAUGUGGCCAUCUCGGGCGUCGGACUGCGCUCCUUUCAGUCUUUUGACCCAAUCACAAUAAGUAGCUGCCAAAGCAAUGAAAUCUACAACCCAACAGGACAGAGUUGUGUACAUUAUUCGUGUGAAGCCAUUGACUGCCAGGAACCCUUAAUCCGCAAUGCAGAGCUAAAGUGCAGUAGCCCUGGCCGCCACUUCUACAAUGGAGACCGCUGCACCAUCUCCUGCAACUCUGGAUAUGUUUUGCAAGUCCACCAGGAUGAUGAUAUCAUCAAGAGCCAGUCCGACUCGUCUGUGACUAUAACCUGUGCGAACGGGAAGUGGAACAAACAGGUUUCAUGUGAGCCGGUGGACUGCGGCCUUCCAGACAAAUACCACGUUCACCCUGCCAAUUUCAGCUUCCCAGACGGCACUACCUACGGCAAGAAGAUCACUUUUCAGUGUCGGGAGCCGGCCCAGCUAAUAGGAACAAACAACACUCUCACAUGCCUUGAAGAUGGCCUGUGGUCCUUCCCAGAGGCCCUCUGUGAGCUCCGCUGCCCGGCGCCGCCUCCUGUACCCAACGCCGUGCUGCAGACCAAGCGCUGCAACGAGACAGGCCUUAAAGUUGGCACGCUCUGCAAGUAUAAGUGCAAGCCAGGCUAUCACGUCACCAACAAACCCAAAAGGCGAGCUUUCAAGCGCCAGUGCACAGAAGAAGGCAGCUGGCUGGAGGGGGCAUGCGAGCCGGUGACUUGCGAUCCUCCACCUCCCAUCUUCCACGGCUCCUAUCACUGCACCGACGGCUUCCGCUUCGACAGCGUCUGCAGACUCAACUGCUCUGAUCCUGCCGGUAAUACCGCUAUCGCCGCCACAGGAGGCUCUACCCAUACGGUGAGGCUGCUUCACGCUCCAUGCAAGCAGGGGGCGGGACCCAAUGCGAUCCGCUGCAGAAAGGAUGGAAACUGGACAGGGUCAUUCCGCCUGUGCCCGAACAGUAGAGGCCAGUGCUCUUUACCUCAAAACCUCCAUUUCAGCCUGCAGUACUCAUGCAAGCGAGGACACGGCAUAGGUGAGGAGUGCGAGCUGACAUGCAGGGAGGGUAACAAUGACGUGGUGAUCCUCCCUAGCAACAUGACGGUAGAUCGUGUGCUCAGAGAGCACUGGAGGAACCCGCAUAAAGUCAAAAAUAUAAUCUGCACAAUGGGGCUGAAAUGGUAUCCACACCCAGAGCUGCUGCACUGCAUCAAAGGAUGUGAGCCAUUCAUGGGAGACAACUACUGUGAUUCAGUCAACAACAGAGCCUUCUGCAACUACGAUGGAGGAGACUGCUGCCAGUCCACUGUCAAGACCAAGAAGGUGAUUCCGUUCCCCAUGUCGUGUGACAUGCGGGGCGAGUGCUCCUGUCGAGAUCCCAACGCCAUUGAGAACAGAAAGGAUGAACGUGUCCGCUCCCUGGGGUGACCGACCCGAGGCGGAGGGGGCAGGGGGGGCCUCAGUUCAACGUCCCAGGACCCUUUCUCCCUUUAUGAUGACCCCCUUCUUCAUCCUCCUCUCGGCCUCCAGUUCCCCCACACAUGCUGCUUUAAAAAGGCAUACCUCUCCAUCCAUACUGCAACUCCAACUAGCUGAAACGUCUCCGCCUCCACAUCACAGAAAGAUCUGAAAAAAAAAGAGGAUGGGACUCACGAGACUCCACAGAAAACUUCAUUUCUCAGCUACAAGGAAAGUAUUCCCUGCAAUGCCAUUAAAAAAAAAAAGCAUAUAUAGCAAAGAGUUAAAAAAAAAAUACAUAAAAGAGACAUUUUUGAAAGAAUAAGAAAACAAACAAAAAAAAAAAACUAAAGUAAAACAUAACCAAGCCUAAGUAGCAUGCCUUUUGUUGAGUUUUGUGCCGGCUUCAGUGUCUAUUUUAGUGACCUUGCUCUACAAUCACAUGAUUGAACCAAAGGUAAAUCAAAAAUGUGCAAGUCGGGGGUUGUGUCGAUGUUGGUUCUGUGUUUUGCAAAUAUGAAGGAAAUUAGAACAAAUGUUAAAAAUAACUCGCAGACACUUUGAAGGCAUGUUCAACACCUUUUUUUGGGAGGGGAUGGAAGUUUUUGGCUUAAAUCAUUCCUAGUUUCCAACUGGUCAGAUACUCUGUAUCUCUGUGUCCUUUUCAGUAAAGUGUGUUUCUUCAUAGGCUCGUCAGACGCUAUGGAGGGUAUUUCUAGAUUGGUGUGGAAUAAGACAGCCAUAUACUGUAUACUCUUGAGUUUCAAGCCACUGAUUCAACACUAAAGCCAAACUCCACUACACAAAGUGACAUUAAAUAUGUCUACUAAUUAUCGACUGACCACGCAGAACAUGGUCAGAGCAAAGUCCUGAACGUGUGACUCAAACCAUUCGGGCUUUUGCUGCUUCCAUCCUCAGUUCAUAAUAUCUACUAGGGUUAGACAUGUUUGUCUUCCUUGCUGCUUACAGUACCUCUUUAUAGCAUUUUCUCACAUUCACACACGAUACUGUCAUCUCACGGUAAACGGAAUACAUGUUGACGACGCAACGUAUGAAAUGCACUAAGGACUUUAUGGAAAAUCCAGAACCUCACUUGUCAGUCCCCUCACACCUGUUUGCCCAAGAAAAGUACAACAUACAUUGAUCACGACUUGAAGAAUGUCAUCAAUAACACCUCAAUUCCGGUUGGGGUGGGUUUAGUUUCAGUUUGAACUCCUCCCUUAAGGCGUCUGAUAAGAGCGUUCUUAUCCUUAAGCCCUGAUUCAUAAUGUUUAAACUGAAAAUAAAAGCACCCCAGCCUGCUCAGAAUGUAAUCAAUGCUUGUCAGGAGUCUGUGGCUUUUUUCUUUCUUUUCUUUUCUUUUUUUUUUGAUUGCACAGUUCUGCACAGCACAGUCACACAAAGAGUACAGAAACAAAAGAGCCAGACAGAGUCCCUCGCCCUCGGUGAGAAUGAGUACAGGUGGAAGUACGUCGUAUCUGCUCACGUACUACUCCCCCCAACACACACAUGCACACAAAAACACACACUCACAGACUUGUCUCACUAUCUUUCUGAGGUCCUACUUUUGAAUUAUUGCAUGUCCCAGCUCACUAAUCUCAACCAUUGCAACUUAUUGUAACUUGAGAAAAAGAUGAUCAAAAACCUAACGCAGACACAUCUACACAGGUGUGUGGUUGUUAUGUUUAAAGGGGGGGGGGGCUUCCCAUUAACGUGGAGCUUUUCACAGCCUCUUAACCGUCACAACUGGAGCUUUAGCGCCAACCGAAAAUGUGACUGCAACCUGAGCUCCAAAACCACAUUUCCGCUCCUGAAAACAUGUAAAACUGUUGCGAGGCCCUGAAUUUUGGACCCCACAGGAUAGGUGAUGCUCCACAGUGUGCAACGUGAGACACACAAGACCACACACACACGCAUACAUAUCUCAUUCUCACCCCUCCCGGUAGUAUUGAACGCUCUGCUGUUGCUCUGCAGGCAACAAUGUUGUACAUGAAAAUGACAUUUGGAUGUAUAUGUCAACACAGCAUUUGCAGUCACUAAAUGAUCAGAGCUCUGUAAGACUCUCUGCCGAGCCUCUUUCAAGCAUUUUUAAUUUCACCAUCUCUUCAGUACAAAGUGCACUUGGUUGUCCCGAUCAGCACUUUUCAGUAUUUUGAACUUGGGUAUUCUGUCCCCCACCAACCAACCACGUCAGACCGUAUGGCUGCUACAGUACAAUCAUAUUUGGUUACUCCUCAUCCCAAACACACACACACACUCUCGUCAGAUUUUUCCUCAUGCACAUUUGAUAACGAAGGCUGCUUGGCGUAUUGGUCCAAAGUUUGCUGCUACUGUUCGGCUGCAACCAUAGUCAUGACUACAAUCGGCAUGAUUAUGACCUUUCUUUUCUUCGGGCCUUUGAGUAGGUCCCUCCGACUCAUAUUUGGCUGCUACUGCAUUCCAGAUCAUUGUCAUGAUUAUAUGAGUCUUACAAUGUACAUGUCAACAUAAGAUUAUUUUCGUGUCAUUUUAAGAUCGACGUUAGUGAAGAAUUUAGACAAUACCAGAAAUUGCAAAGAGAGUGAAAAGGUAUUAUUUUCCACCAAAUAUAAAGGAAAAAAAAAAUCAAAAAUAUCAUGUAAAUAUCAUGUUCUUGAUGGACAGGAGUGUUGAAAAAUGUUUAUAGUUUUUUUUUUCUUUGUUUUUUUUCCUCUGGUUAUCAUGUAUUUCUUUUCUUUUUUUUUUUUUUUAAGAAAAUGUCAUAUUUAAUCAGUGUUUGUAUUAUUGACCUCAGUUACUGCACUUUCUAGUUGUCAUGUAAGAAGAAAAAGUAUAUAUCUUUCAAAAAUGUUUAGAAGCUGCUAUUGUCAAAAUGGUGAUCUGAAACAAACUGUAUGAUGCUCGGUCAUUUGACUCGCUGUGUUGCAUUUAGCUUUUCCGUCUUUAAUGUUUUGCUCGUACCCGACCCUUGAUAUUCGGGGCUCAUACUCCUUCCCAAACGAAACUGAUUUGGAUGUUAUAAACGAAGUCGGGAGGCAUUGUUGCUAUAAAGCAUUUAUCCACUUAUGUAUCAAUUGAGACCCAAAAUCCCAAAUAUUCAAAUACAUAUCAGUGCUUUUUUUUAAUAUAUAUAUAUAUAUAUAUAUAUAUAUAUAUAUAUAUAUAUAUAUAUAUUGUCAUAUUUUAAGUUGAGCAAAGCUGCGAGGUUAUUUUGCUUUCCUUGAUUUUUGUAUAAAUGAUGAUUUCAGUUUAAACUUAGAAAUGCUGGGCAAGAAACCAAGAGAUGUUAUGGGAAACAAAGUGAUCAUUGUAACUUUCAUGAAACAUAAAACUUUGUGGGGAUACCCUAAAGGAUAUAUCGUCCUCAAGGAUUGCAUUUAACACUUUAUAUGAAAUCUAUAUAGCCCUGGUCAAAACAACUUGUAUUAUCUUGAUAUUAUCAAAUUAUAUGUAAUAUUACUAUUUCAGAUACUGCUGCUUUACAUAGAACUGUUACCAGUGAGGAGAGACUGACCUGCAAUCAUGACAUACAGUACUGUGCUGGUCCAGCUGUUGGCAUGGAUAAACCUGAAAACUGCUAUUGGAUCCUCUCCUUCAUGGUGAAAUCUGAAUUUAACACAAUCUCUUGUUGCAUACACACAUUCACACAUUCAGACGUAGCACAGAAAACCUCCUCUUCAUUGGUUGCUUGCAUAGCAACUGAUUGUUGUCCUAAAGAAAGAUGGCUACCCAUAAUUCAUAGGGGAGGAUGCAAUCGAUUGCGCAUUGGAUGAGGACGCCUCCUCUCUACUGUAGUCACCACAGGAUCCCUUGCUGUACCUCAUGCCUGUAAUGUUUGCUGCUUCUAUAUUUUUGGUAUUUUAGUGACAUUUUUGCGUCUCAUAACAAUGGUGUAAAUAGUAGAACUAUUUAUUGAGAGUGUUAUACUUUUUUUUUUUUUAAGUUAUAUUUAAUGUCCAUGUAAGUUAUUUUUACAUUGUUCGCAUAAACCAACACAUUGUAGAUUGUGAGUCAAAACCUGUCAUUUUGUUUCUGUCGUCUCAUUCUCACGCGGUCGAGUCCGUCGAGCGCCGAUCAGACAAAUACAGCCCCAGUUUCUGUCCACAUCCAUAAAAGCAACUCCUCUCAUUGGUCAUUAUGUAUAGACUGAUACAGCUUUCAUGCAAUGAGGAUUAAGUUCAAAACUGACUUUUCCCCUUUAAAAACAGAAUGUAACAUCUUCUUUCCUGAUUUUUUUUUCAAUGCAAACUUUAUCUUUACAUACAAGAACCAUUGAAAAGAGAUGUAGAUGGUAGUGAAGUACACAGAUCCAUAAAUCAAUACAUGUUUUUUUCUAUAAUAACCAUAGCUGAUUGCUGAAGGCAGGAGGAAAUACACAAGUGGCAAAGAAAGGGACCCAAGCAGAGGAGAAAUGAGUGUUCCUGGAUGAGGAAAAAGCAGAAGGUGUGCAGGGAGAGAGGUAGGGAUGGGUGGGCUGCUUUUCCUGGCUUGUCGAGCUAUUUGUCCAGGUGUGAAAAUGUGUACUCAUAGAGGCUGCCCCUUGGCCAGGGGUGGCCAGCCUGACUGGCAACAAGCCGAGGCCAAUGAGUCAGAGUUUCUCCUGGGGGUGGCAGCCGUCCCUCUCUGGGACUCCCACCAUCCCCUGCCUCCCGCAACUCGCUACCUCCACCUCCUCACUCUUCGACACACUGCCUCAUCUGUCACUGUCAGGUAUGCCUGCGCGGGGCGGCCAGGGUCAAGCUGGCCCUGUGAAAAUGAGAGAGGAUGUUUGCCCAGCUUACCGAGCCUUUUGAAGUCAGGCUGAAGGAACACAGUUCUUCUCACCUACAGCCUGUGCUUAUCACAUACUACGAUGUGUAUAGCAGUCCUGUUUUUUUUUUUUUUUUCCUUUGACAGGUUUUGAUACCUCUCCAAUUUUUCCACCAACAGUCGCUCCUUUGUUUCUGAUUUAACACCUUGUUUUGUAUUUCUUGUUCUAAAAUGGCUGAAACUUUUACAUCUAACUUGUUAUAAAGCAACGGGGGAGUGUAAGGAAGAGUGUCUGAAGCCCUCAGAAUCUAUGUGGAGAAAAAUACUGAUGUGCCAUCUUGUUGUAAGACAUUUUCUUUGUGUGUUGUAACACAUGAAGUACCUCUCACAGGCCUCUGGUUAUAGAAUGCUCCUCUUAUGUCUGUUUCCUAAUCCUUCAAUAAAUAAAAAAUAAGGUGAACUGUCCUUUUUUCUAAGUGGGAAGUACAAAAAAAAAGUGUAUUUGCAUAUUAUGUGGAUAUCUAGUGGUAUUACUGCGAUGUUUCGUACCCAAUUGCUCAACAAAUAUAUUUUAAGAUGUAAAUAAUAUUAUAUGAUGAUUGUAUUUGCAAACCAUGUACUAACUGUUUGGGACUAGCUCUUGGAUUGAUUUUUAUCAUAACUAUUAUACAAGGAAAUGAUCCGUGAAAUGUUGUGCAUUGUGUCAAAGUAUCACCUGCAAGACAGAAAAAAAAAAAGAAGAAAAAAAAUCUGUGAUGCUUUACCACACCACUUGCUGUCAGCAUUUAUUUGUUCAUAAUGGCUUAGUGCAAGCACUGUUGUCAGUU